UUUCGACCAAGUGUGAUGAAAAAAUGUUAUCAAUGUGCUAAUUAACACUCUGUGGACUAGGGGCAUAAUGAAGUCUAUUAAAUACUGAAUUAUUCAGUCAGUUAUGCUAUUAACAUCGCUAAACAGAUUUUUUCAUUAAACAAGUUAAUUAAGACAAAAGUGAACGACCGCCCUAAAACCGCCUGUCCAUACAAAUAUUUUCCUUACAUUAGGGACUUCGCUCCAAACUUAUACAAUAAUCAAAAAAUAUCAAACGAAGAGACAUAGCCUACGAAGUUAAUAUACAACAAAUUGCACAAAAAAAUCUAUCACAUUAAUAUUAAGGGAGAAAAAUGGGGACUACGUUUGUAUGGAGAAGCGGCCGGCCCCUUUCCUCACACAGUUACAAGACUUAUAAAACGACGUGAGAACUUCAGAGAGUUCGGAGCCCGUUCAGAGUGUACACAGCUUCAGAAUGAGUGGUGGGAUCUGGUUGUUCACACUGUGUUUGGCAGGAUGGACAUCGGGACAAUAUAUGUUUAGUGGCAAAACCAAUUAUCAGUCAAUGACGAAUUUCUUUGAGCCUCGCCAUCGCGGAACUUUAUACCUGCCGCCAUGCAUCAAGGACUUAUUGAACUGCUGGGAAGUCAUGAACCCUGAUGUGGUUUGUAAAAACUACACUGAAGGUCGUAAUCGUCACAUUGUACGUCUUGACACUAUUUGUAUGGACUUAAGAUUCCAGUGCCGCGAGCCAACCGGCUAUGCACCGUUCCCAGAAAACACAAACAGAACUACUAACCUUUUUAAUUACUGUCCAGAGACAAAAAAAGUACCUGUAAAUCCAAAAUAUUAUGUGAUCAAAGGUCUCCCAGUGAUUACUACUACGGCUGAAGAAGAAGACAGUUCGAAUUAAAAAAAAAUAUUUGGUAUUAUACAAUGUUUAGUGUGAUAUAUAUAAGUGUGCUAGUAUCUCUUUUUAAAUAUUGUAAAACAGAGUAAUUAUUUUAAUUACAUUUUGAUUAUUGAGCUGGACACUGAGUGUGAGUGUCUGAUUUAGACUCUCAUUUCCGAAUUUGUGGUGCUUUAAUGCAGUUGUCUUUUUUUUUUCCCAGGGGUAGGAUGGAUCGACAUUAAGAAAGUAAAACCUUUGACUUUGUAAGAAAUUUGAUUUGAUUAAUGUUUAUUGGUGAUCGGCGCCACUACCAUGAGCUGCCAAAGUAAAUUCAGUUUACUACAGUAGCAAACUGAAUAAAUGGGCCAUAUGUCACGUAUAUCUGUUUCUUUACGGUGUACCUAACUUCACUCCAAACGAAGAUUUCUCUGUCCCUUUUUAAGUACUUAUAGUAAAAAACAGAAUAAGAAUUAUAUCGUAGAAUCGCAUGCCUCUAGCGGUUAGGUACAUAAAGAACUAAAAUAGUAAGUAACGGUAAAUUAGGCCAAGCGCACACUACGAUUUUUUUCGUGCGAUAAUUUUGUCGCAAAAAUGCAACGCAUAUAUUUAUACAGCAGUAAUUUAUUUAUAUACCAAAAAAUAUCAUUCCAUCAGAUGCACAGCGCAGGCUUCGUCACAUUACAAAAAGCUCAUGCAUCUCAGGUUUCGUCAAAACAGAAUGUCUAUUUACACUUAAGUCAUCUGCAAUCCACAUCGUCAAAACUAAUUAAAAAUAAAAAGAGAAAACCUAUAAAUAUAUGUUUAUAUGUCAGUGCGCGCAUAUAGUAGAAAAAAAUCGCAGCGAUUUUAAAAUUGUGAUUUGUCACAUUUCCCCGCACGCACUUCGUUAAUAAAAUCGCACCCCGGAGCCCGCGGCGGCGCUCGGGCAACAUUUCGCUCUCCAAGCGUUAACAUGUCAGCAUGUCUGAGGGCCUACCGCGAACCACGUUCGACGGGUUGCCUUCCUGUCACACUUACGUACAAAUUUACAAGUGCGACAGAGAGGCAACACGUCGAACGUGGUUCGCGGUAGGCCCUCUGCUUCUCCAAUGGAGUCACAAGACGAGACGCUAGAUGUUGACCAUUUAAUUAUGGAAAUAAAAGGAAGAACACGUUUGUGGGAUAAAUACUCAAAGUCUUACAGCGAUAUAUUGAAGACAUUUUUUUCUACUCCUCUUAAGGAGCAAUAAGGCAAGACAAGUGACUGGUACGAAAUCAAUGUUGAGAAUGAACAAAUCAUUAACUUUUUCAUCGAAGUGCGUGCAGUGAAUUUUCAGCGAUAUAUUACAGCGCGAUUAAAAUUCGUAGUGCGCGCUUGGCCUUACCUAUCGAAAUCUAGCAACGGACCCAACGGAGGGCCUACCGCGAACACCGAAGUUUUCAAAUUGCGGGCAUUAAAAAAUAAAUGGAUUCAGCGUGUAAUUGGUCAGGCGAAAUUGGUAAUUGGUAUUAAAAAAGGCAUAGCCAGAUAUGCUCAAAACACUUUACAUCGGAUUAUUUUCUAGCAAAUGAAAAUAUUAAGUGGAGGCGGCUGAAAGCUGGAGUUUUAUCAACAUUACAUUUAACAGACACAUUUUGGUAAUAUUUGAACAAAUAUUUCUUAUAGCAUUACCUAUCAAAGCAUCAUCAUCUGUAAAAAACGUUGGGUGAAUUUCUUAACAAAGAAUAUAUUCAUAUUUUACUUUAAGGUUAGUACUCCAGUGCCUAUGGAUGUUUGUGAUGCAGAACACAUAAAAGUUUCCAGUCAUAAUAAAUUAUCGGAGUCAGGGAGUAACAUAGAUGGCCCCUCAAAAUUGGUAAAUAAUAUAAAAUACUAUAUCUCGCGCGACCAAUGAUGAUCCGUAUGACAGUUCAUUUUUAUAUGGAACAACUGCCACGUGGAGGCCUAAUGAAAAAUAUGAAAAUAUGAUUGUCAAAAAUGUACUUGAAAUUAUUGAAAUAAAAAAUCAUAUUACACAAA